UGGGUGGGUGACUGGGUUGUGCCGGAAUGAUUAACAACAGAGGAGCCAGCAUGAGCCUCAUUUCAUAUGGCAGUGAAAGAGUUGGAUGCGGACUUAAUUCCUCUUUUGUUUGCACUGAUGUGAGCAAAAGGGAUAUUUAUCAUUUAUCAGAUUAGGGGAGUAGGCUACGACCAGUUGUUAUGGAAUACAAUGAUAGUAUAACCUGCCAUGACAGAGUCACUGUCUCGUCGGGGAAUCCCUAUAUCUCCGCGGCAAUCUUCUCUGCGGAGGUACUAGGCAAUUUAAUCGCCUUGGUCCUUUUGGAGAUGCGGCGCCGGCGGCAAAUUCCAUCCUUGUUCCAGGUGCUGGUGACUGCACUGGUGACUACAGAUCUACUAGGUUCCUUAUCCAUCAGUCCUCUUGUACUAGCCUCUUAUACACAAAACAGGACCUUGGUAGAUAUGAGUAAAAACAGAGCAGUAUGCGCCUACUUUGGUUUCAGCAUGACUUUUUUCAGCCUCGCCACUUUGGCCAUUCUGUGCGCCAUGGCUUUGGAGCGCUACCUCUCCUUUGGUCAGCCGUAUUUUUACGAGCGGCACUUGACAAAGCGCUGCGGAUAUAUCACCAUUCCACUCAUCUAUCUGGUCUGCAUCUUCUUCUGCCUAGCACCUUUUAUGGGCUUUGGAGACUACGUCCAAUAUUGCCCGGGGACUUGGUGCUUCUUUGACAUGAACCCAAACGUGACCCAACACAAAGUCUACGUCGGUGUGUAUGCGUCAUUGGCUCUUAUCAUGAUUUCUACGACACUAGUUAGUAACUUAUCUGUCGUCUACCAUUUGAUUAUAAUGUAUCGGAUGUGCAAAGCGCACCGUGGGGGAGUUACGCGACAGAUACGGUUCUACCAAAAAUCCUUCGCUGUGACUGAGGAAGUGGAGCAUCUUCUGCUACUGGUGUUCAUAACAGUGGCUUUCGUCAUCUGUUCGUUUCCUUUAGUGCUCCGUGUGUAUGUCAACUUUACAGGCAGGUCAAAGGAGAGCCAUGCCACCGAUCUCGCUGUGCUUCGCCUGCUGUCCUUCAACUCCAUCAUCAACCCUUGGGUCUUCAUCAUCCUCAGGCCAUCAGUGCUGCGCUUCAUCUGGAGAAAGCUGACACUGAGUAAGGCCCAGAGGCCUCCAGAGGCCCCCACAUUCCCCCAGGAAAAGUCUCUCCCAGUUGGGCCCAAACUCCCUCUGCCAAGCCCACUUAUCGAGCUCCAGAACGACGAUGUGGAGGGAGUGGACAAGACAUAGGGCACGUUGGAGCGGAUCACCUUCGUCAAGUCGUUGACCAUCAUUGGUCACCGUCUUUCAAAGUGUGUUGCAUUAUGGUUAUAAAAAUGAUCCGACUUGUGACUACAUGUCGACAGCAUGACCUUCACAAAAAUUACGUGAUCAAAUGUCAUGCAGUUCUUGAUGAAGUGGUCUUCAAGUCGCUGCAGUUGCUUCUCACCAACUGCACCAUGCAGCCAUUGCCUGCAUGGUGCGAGUUAUGUUUCCAUUUUGUGAGUGUGUGAUAUGGGGGAAAAGUGUAUUUUGAUAUUUAUACAGACAAACUUUUAUAAACAAUAGCAGCUACAUGUUUGUUGACACUGCCAUGUUGAUCUUAGCUUUGCUGUUGGAAACUACAGUGUCCGACUUUUGGCUGUCGCAGAUACACCUCCCCCGACUUCACUUCACGACUUUAGUCUACAGUGGGUUGCUUUCGCUCCCUACCACUCAAACAAGCCCAUAGUGUCAGGCAUAUUGGACUAGGGGGCCAAUGACCCCCUCUUGAAGGAUUUAAGAUAAUAACAUCAGCAGGAGCCCAAGAGGUCACAGGAAGUGAUUUGUCAGACAUCCACUGACUGGUUGAAAGGACACCCGGACACUGAAGUGCAGUGUCUUCAAUAAUAUAGGGGACAUUCACUUACUGACUUCCAUGUCAGACACUGUAGUUUCCAACAGCAAAGCUCAGAUCAACAUCAGAGUGUCAACAUACAUGUAGCUGAGAUUGGAAUAGAUCUAGGAAGAGAUCAGACUUUGGGGUCAAAUCAAAUCGAAUCAAAUUUUAUUGGUCACAUACACGUGUUUAGCAGAUGUAGUGAAAUGCUGGCUGUAGCGCUGAUAGGUUAUACCCAUACAAUAUGCAUUUGGAAUAGGACUAAGCAUUUUAAGAAUUCAUUAUGUGUCUAUUUAUAUCAUUGAUUUAUUAAAAAAGGUUUAUUAUCAGCACUUUAUAGGACUGAAAUAAAAAUUUGA